UAAAUGAAUGUCAAUUUUACAAAAUUCUUUAUGUUAGAGACACUGCCAAAUCUUUAGUUUUACACAUCCGAUAAUUUACUCUAAUGGCACCAAAAGGAAAGAAGUCGAAGAAGCAGCGUGAAAUCGAUUGGGCGGCCGACGCUUACUUCGACAAGAACCGUUCAAUGAUCUACAUCGAACACACGUUAGAGUGCCCGAUAUUCACGACGAAAGCCGAGGAGUUCGCCGCUUAUGUAGCGCAAGAAGCGCCAAAUCGCAUCAUACAGUUGGUACGGAAUCAUAACGGCAAAGUGCCGCCAAGGGAUGGUGCUUUCGAGAUUGGGUUUUCACAGAAUGCGCGCACCUCCGUGCAUCAGCUGUGGUCCGGCAUUGAUAAAGGCCCACCAAGGCGUGACAAAUUCCCACCGGAGUACGAGUCACUCAUGCAAGAGAUACAUAAGAUUUUGAAGAAAUUCUAUCCUGAUGCGGUGGAAAAGAACCCCUUGGAGGGCAUGGAGGACGAUGACGCUGCGCCAGCGUAUGAGUGAAAGCGCUUAACAGUUUGUUAAAGCUUCCAUACAAAAAGAUUCAGUGAAUAAUUCGUAAUCCAUGAAUUUCAAAACUAUCCAGCAACAAUAGUGAAGCUAUGCAAGCCCAUCAACUGCUCUUCCGAUUGCGUUCUUUCAAAAAAACCGCGACAGUUUCAAAACCGGUGCAACAGUUUGAGAAGCUAUGAGUAAUUCAAAUGUAAUCAGCGAGUUUUAGCUUUUCGCCGUCAGAUGGCGCAACAGUAGCGUCAAGCGUUACCACUACAAAAAUUUUAUAUUAAUAAUAUAGACAUGCUCUAAUCUACAUUUUCAAUAAAUAAAUAAAUACAGAAAUCAAAUAAAUUCACGUUUG